AUGGGAUAUAGAAGCAAAAAAUCCCAGAGAGAUGGCUUGCUUCACUCCAUAUCUCUGGAAUCACAUCAGCCAUUUCUUCUUAGACGCCCGAACGUCCAUUCUAUCCUGCCUGCCAAUUCAAAUGACACAGAAACAUCCAUGAAUAUGUCAUUUAGAUUUGCAGCACUUGAGCCUUCCAGUAUAGCCUAUAACAAAGAGGAUCAUCUUACAUUAGAACCUGAUAUAUCUCAGAUGCAUUGUAUGCAUGAAACAGAGCAAAUAGAAGCUGAAAAUGCUAGCUGCUCUAGGUUUGUGACUUACCCUAUUGAGUCUGGUAUGCCUCAUCCUGUGAACCCAGCUACUUUGCUGUUUGCAAGUUCAAAUAUGGUGCAUUCAAUUGUCAAUGCGCCAUCUGAACUCUUGGCAACAAAAAAUCCUGUUGCAGCAAAUAAUAGAAGGCAAAGAUCUGAGAUACUAAAACAUAAAAGGUGCCAAGAAAAAAAGACAUCUAAAAGUUCACCUACCAAACCUCAACUUCCUCUUCCUUCAGUUGUUGUCAUCCCUGCAGUGGAUACUGUGCAAUCAGAAUCAAUUCAAUAUGAAUCUACAGAUAUCUUUUCCUUGUCGAUUAUAGCAAGAACGCCAAAAAUAGGUCGGGAGGUCUUAAAUCACAUUCCUACUGCUGCUGAUCUGCUUCCUCGCCAACGCAACUGUCCCCAUUGUAGUGCAAAAAAAUUUGCUCAUGAAACAGCAAAUUUUUGUUGUUCUAAUGGGGAUGUUAUUUUAGCUAGCAAUUCAAUCCCAACUGUUCUAAAAGAACUCCUUACGUCAUCAUCUGAGGAAGCUCAACUGUUUAGGACCUGUAUUAGAACAAUUAAUAACACAUUUGCUUUCACUUCCUUUGGAGUAAAAUGUGAUAAAAAUUUGGCUAAGAGAAAUAAAGGCAUUUAUACUUUUAAAGUGCAAGGUCAGGUCUAUCAUUUCAUCAAUGAUUUAGAGACCUCAAAAAAUUUGCAGUUCUAUUUUCAUGACAGUGAAAAUGAAUUAGCAAAUCGCUUAGAUGCCUACCCAAGAUUAACUGAGAGUAUUCUCCAAAAAACCAUGAAUCUCAUGCAGCAAAAUCCCUAUGCUAGAUUCUUUCGCGGCUUGAGAGAGGUUCAUAACCUUGAUACUUAUCACAUUGUUUUACGAACACACCCCGGUUUGGACCAAAGAGUAUUCAAUAAGCCUACAGUGUCCCAAGUUGCUGCUUUAUGGGUAGAAGGAGAAGAAAAUGGAGAAACAAGCCGUCGAGAUAUUCGAGUGUACACCCAUGGUGGCCAUUCACACAAUAUCCAAUAUUACUAUGGCUGUUAUGACCCUCUCCAGUACCCUCUUUUGCUUCCUUUUGGUGAAUCUGGUUGGCAUCAAGGAAUUAAGAAACAAGGCAAAAAGCAUGCCAGCCUCAUUAACCUUUUUUCUAAAUUCUUUCAACCAGUAAUGGCAGGAAUAGACGGCGAUCCUGAUUUCGUUUCCAUCCGUGAAUACUAUGCCUAUAAAUUACAAAUGAGAAAUGAUGAUGAAUCUUUUUUAUUGCACUUUGGUAGGCUAUUUCAGCAAUAUGUUGUUGAUAUGUAUGUUAAACUUGAAUCACAAAGAUUAGAUUAUUUGAGAACCCAGCAAGAAGAAUUUAGAAAAGAGUUCUUACAAGGUAUAGUAGACUCAAUAGGUACUGGUGAAGUCCAGGCAGCCAAUGUCGGUCAAAAAGUAUUUUUACCAGCUAGCUUUAUUGGAGGACCUAGAAAUAUGAGAAGAAAAUACAUAUAUGCAAUGACUUUGGUCCAAAAAUUUGGCAAGCCGGAUAUAUUCUUGACCAUGACUUGCAAUCCCAAUUGGCCGGAAAUAAAAGAACAUUUACUGCCGACAGAGGAAGCCCAAAAUCGACCAGAUUUGGUUGUAAGGGUCUUUCGUGCAAAACUAGAAGAAUUAAAGAAUGAACUUUUGAAGAAAAAUAUUUUUGGAGAAGUGGCAGCCUAUACAUAUGUGAUAGAAUUUCAAAAAAGAGGCCUGCCACAUGUUCAUUUUCUUUUAAUCUUAAAGCCUCAGCACAAAAUGUUUAUCCCUGAUGAAUAUGAUAAAAUUGUCAGUGCAGAAAUUCCAGAUAAAACAAAAUAUCCGCACCUGUAUAGAAUGGUUAAAAAACACAUGAUGCACGGCCCUUGUGGUGUGUUGAACCCAUCAAAUGUUUGCAUGACUAAGCAUGGCUGCUGCAAAAAUUCUUAUCCAAAAGAGUUUUCUGAGCAGACAAUUCAGACGCUAGAUUCCUAUCCAAAAUACCGAAGAAGAAACAAUGGUGUUAAAAUUAAAGUCAGAAAACAAAAACUUGAUAAUACAUGGGUUGUUCCUCAUAAUGCAUAUUUACUUGCUAAGUUCAAUUGCCACAUUAAUGUUGAGAUCUGCUCAACAAUUCAGGCUGUCAAAUAUAUUUACAAGUAUAUCUGCAAAGGACAUGAUCGAAUCAGUUUCCAUAUCAAUUCUGAUAAUCCAAACAAUCAGAUUGAUGAAAUUCAGCAAUAUCAGGCAGCUCGGUGGGUUUCCCCACCUGAAGCUGUUUGGAGACUAUUUCGAUUUUCCAUGGGAGAAAUUAAACCAGCUAUCAUUCACCUUCAAUUGCAUCUUCCAAAUUUUCAGCCAAUUCACUUCAAGAAGCAUGAAAAUUUAAAUAACAUAGUCAAAAAUCCAAGAAAUAGGAAGACAAUGUUGACUGAAUUUUUCUAUAUGAAUAGAACAGAUUCAGUUGCACAAGAACUAAAUUGCACAUACGCUCAAUUUCCAGACCAUUUUGUCUGGUUAGCUGAUGAAAAACGCUGGAAAAUUAGAGAUAGGGGAGAUUCUAUAGGCCGAAUAAAUACAGCUCAUCCAUCUGAGGGAGAAAGAUAUUACCUUAGACUUCUUUUGUCUAAAGUUCGUGCUCCAAAGUCUUUUGAAGACUUAAUGACUCACAAUGGAGUGCAAGUUACCACCUUUCGUGAGGCUGCUCUCUUGCGUGGCCUACUUGAGGAUGAUAAUAGCCAGGAAUUUUGUCUACAAGAAGCGUCUCUCUUUCAUAUGCCUUAUGAAAUGAGACGACUUUUUGCUACGCUAUUAGUUUAUUCCAGUCCUAAUGACCCCAAACAGCUAUGGACAAAAUUUGAAUCUGUCAUGUCCGAAGAUUUCAUGAGAAAUACUGAAUUGUCUCCUAGAGAAAUCAAACGAAAAGUUUUAGAGCAAAUAAAUGGUUUUCUACAGUCAAUGGGAAAAAAUAUAGCUUCAUUUGGCUUACUUCCUAAUAAUUUCUCAUUCUCAGAUGUAGACAACCAAACAAGAGAUGUAUUGGCUAAAAAAAGCAUAAGAGUUCUUGAAGAGGACUUAAAUGCGAUUUCUUUGCUUAAUCAGAACCAACGGCAUGCAUUUGAAGCUAUAUCUAAAAGAGUUUAUGAAAAUAAGAGUGGUGCAUUUUUUGUUGAUGGCCCUGGUGGAACUGGAAAAUCUUUUCUUUAUAGAGCGUUGUUAGCUGAUAUUAGAUCAAAGGGCUAUAUAGCAUUAGCGACAGCCACAUCAGGUAUUGCUGCAUCAAUACUGCCUGGAGGUAGAACCGCUCACUCUCGGUUUAAAAUACCAAUUGAUACCUCAGAGGGCAGAGCAUGCAAAAUUAGUAAACAAAGCAGUUUGGCAAGUAUGAUUAAGGAAUGCAAAUUAAUUAUUUGGGAUGAGGCUCCAAUGUGCAAGAGAUCUGCGAUUGAAGCUUUAAAUGAUUUUCUUAGAGAUCUUAUGAAUUCAGAUAAGAUCUUUGGUGGGAAAGUAAUUGUUCUUGGGGGUGAUUUCAGGCAAACCUUACCAGUGGUUCGUAAGGGAAGCCAAUCUGAAACCAUUGCUGCUUCUUUGAUUAAUUCCCCUAUCUGGCCAGCUCUUGAAAAAUUAGAGCUCACACAAAACAUGAGGGCUCGAUUUGAUCCCUCAUUCACUGAUUACUUAUUAAGGGUAGGUGAUGGCACUAACCAAGCUGAAGAUGACAGUCUCAUACACCUGCCUUCUUCUAUUUUGGUUAGCAACGGUUCACAGAAUGCAUCACUACAUGAUCUGAUAGAUGUGGUUUAUCCUCACAUUCAUUAUAGAUCCGAAAAUCCUGCCUUGCCAUUAAAUCGAGCAAUCCUCACCACAAAGAAUCAUUUUGUGGAUGAAGUGAAUGAUAUCUUAAUUGAUAAAUUUCCAGGUACAGCAGUAGAAUAUCUGAGUUUCGAUCGAGCUUUGAAUCCAAACAACCAAGUUCAAUAUGAAGAUUUUUUAAACUCCUUAUCUCCCAGUGGCCUUCCACCCUAUAAACUAAUCUUGAAACCUGGUGUUCCUGUGAUAUUGCUUAGAAACCUCGACCCUACUGAGGGUCUUUGCAAUGGAACAAGAUUAAUUUGUAAAAGUUUGAGCAAACAUGUCAUUCAUGCUCAAAUAGCUGUAGGAGAUUUUGCUGGCAAAGAUGUCUUCAUCCAUAGAAUUCCCUUACAACCUCCAACUAAUGAACAAUAUCCUAUUCCAUAUACAAGGACUCAGUUUCCAAUUCGCUUAUGCUUUGCCAUGACAAUAAACAAAGCUCAAGGACAAACGCUUGAUUAUGUUGGUAUCUAUUUGAAGGAACCAGUGUUUUCCCACGGGCAGCUCUAUGUUGCAUUAUCGCGAGCAAGAACUGCUUCUCAAGUGAAAGUGCUCAUUAAACCUCCAUUUUUUGACAAGCCUAGAACAGACCAGACAAAAAAUAUUGUAUUUAGAGAAGUUCUUGAAACUUCUCGCAUAGCUGCCAAGUAA